AUGCCUGCUGUUAAGAAUGUUGCUCCUGUUAGGAAAAGUGUGCAUGGGAAACCUAAACUCUCAAUUCCCCGACCUUCGCAAGAAUUGUGCCUUUCUCAGUCCUUAGUUUGUCGAAUCUUGCGCAAAGACUUGGAAUUACAUCCAGUUGACCCAAGAGCUUUAGCCCAACGAUCAUCUUUUGCGUCGAAGUUUUGCAGGUAUGUUGAAUUUACCGCGAAAGGUUGGUUGCUAUUGAAGGCGGAAGGUAAGUGCCCACAAGGAAUUGGGGGUGGCAUGAUGAGCUUGAUAUCUUUUAAAGCAACAAUAGCUUCAUCUGGAAUAUUAGGAAAUACAAAUUUGCUGGUGCCCUUCGUUUGUUUUCUAAGAUACGAAAUUUCAUACUCUUCUGACUCAUUUAUUUUCAGGACUUUUCCAACAUAUCACUUCGAUUUUAUCAAUUUUUCUUUUCUUCGUAAUGCUUCGUUCUUCUAUGGCAUCUUCGGGUGUGCCAUCGUAUUUCACGACAACGUAGAGCACAUAGAGUCUGGAGCGGGGCAAAGCGGCGGAGGCGGCGUAUGGGUCUCCUGGGACGACCUGGAUGCCGGAGCCAGACACCCAGAUACAUCACCCCCCUUGUCCUGGAGACUGAACCAUAACUGA